GAGCGUAUGUUCAGUUCUUAGUGAAAAACACAUGGAUAUCAAAACGUUGCUUCACAAUCUUCGCGAGGAAGUUUCGUGCCCAGUGUGUACUAACGUGUACACUGAUCCAAAGCACCUUCCAUGUCUACACACGUUUUGUCUGCACUGCUUGAAACACUGGCACACAACAAGCCAUGGCCGAGACACAAUCAGAUGCCCAAAGUGUCAAGCUAUUAGCAGAGUGCCUGAAAGUGGCGAUUUGAAAGAUCUUCCCACCAGCUUUUAUCUGAACGGCUUGAUUGAUGUGCUAGCAAUUAAAGAGUGCAAAACCAGCCAAGUACGAUGUGGAAAUUGCGACAAGAAAAGCGCCGAGAGUUGUUAUUGUUUUAAUUGUUGCGUGUUUUGGUGUGAGAAGUGCAUCAUUGGACACAACAUCAUUCGCAACAAUAAAGAUCAUCGUGUUCUGGCGCUCAAAGACUUUCAAGACAAGGACUAUGAAGAUGUGAUGAAACGACCUGCUUUCUGUCCUAAGGAAGAUCAUAACAAAGAAGCGCUAAAGUACUUUUGCAAAGACUGUGAAACGCCAGUUUGCCAAAUUUGUGUCACAAUAGAGCAUGGUGGUCAUAAUAUAAAGUUAAUCAAAGAGAAAGCCGAGAGACAAAAGACUGAAUUAAAGUCUUUCCUUGAAAAACAGCGACACAAUUUACAAGCAAAGAUAAAUGCCGUAAGCCGACUUGAUGAAGAAUGUGCCACACUGAUACAACAAGGCGAAGACGUGAAGAGAGAGAUUCAAACAUUUGUUGACAAUUUAAUUGCAGUCAUUGAAGCUAAAAAGAAAAACAUAUUCGAAGAGGUGGCGAAAGAAACAAGCAAGUCGAUUGAAAGUAUAACAAGGCGAAAGACCGAGAUCGAGCGUCAAAUGACGGCCAUAAAAUCAUCUCUGGAGAAGGCUGAGAAACUUUUAACCCGAAGUACAAACGCUGAAUUCGAAAUCGUUCAACUAAAGAAAUCAUUAGACACCAUCUUUGAAGGAGUUCAUCAAAUCGAGCCAACCGACUGCAAAGGACUGGAGGAAGGAAUUGCUUUCCGUGAAGCUCACUUUACCUUGACAACAAAGCACACCGAAGGAAGACAGUGUUACGAUGAACGUGACCAUGUAACGGUGGAGAUCAGGGACGAACAGGGACGAGAAUGCACGUCAGAAAUACAAAUAAAUGACUGUAAAGAUGGACUCUAUCAAGUCAAGUAUAGUCCCAGAGAUCCAGGAAAAUGUCAAGUGACUGUAAACUGUAUUACACAGUUCCCUGUAUAA